AUGGAGAAGUUCAUCUUUAUAGCAUUUCUUGAUGUUAUGUUGGCUUCUCUAUUGAUGUUUCAGCCCAUCAUUUGUUCCAGCAACUUCACUGAUCAAGUGGCUCUCCUCCACUUCAAAUCGGCAAUCAAAAUUGACCCAACAAACACAAUCAAAGGUGGCAAUUGGACCGCCGAAGCAAACUUCUGUGAAUGGAUUGGUGUCAUUUGCAGCAACUGCAAGCAGAGAGUGACGGCUUUAGACCUCUCGCACAUGGGUCUCCACGGAAGACUCUCUCCCUACCUAGGCAAUCUUUCUUUCCUGGCUUCUCUUGAUCUCCGCAACAAUAGUUUUUAUGGCACAAUUUUAAUAGAAAUCAGUCAUUUACGUCGUCUUAAGAAACUUGUCCUGGAAGAUAACCAGUUCGCAGGAAAUAUUCCUCCUAACUUAGCCUGGUGCCAGAACCUUGAAGUCAUGUCACUCAUGAUGAAUAGGCUAACAGGCAGCAUACCAAGAGAAUUCGGCACCUUCCCUAAGUUGCAAAAACUGUACCUUGGCUCAAACGACUUACGGGGCCAAAUUCCAAGCUUCCUGGGCAAUAUAUCCACAUUGCAGUCCAUUGCAUUAUUCAACGCUUCUCUCACAGGUUCAAUUCCUUUAGCACUUUUCAAUAGAUCGCUCACGAAUGUCGUUUUGAUGGACAAUUAUCUCUCUGGAAGUCUUCCUUCCGAUCUUUGCUAUCGCUGGCAUGACAUUCAGAUACUUGCACUGUCUGGUAACCAAUUCAGCGGCCUGCCACUGGAGAUGCUAACCCAAUGCAAAGAGCUUCUCAUGUUGGUGUUGUCAGAUAAUCGUUUUCAGGGAACCAUUCCUCGAGAGAUAGACAGCUUGCCAAAGCUGCGGAAUCUCCAUCUCGAUGGUAAUAACUUCACUGGCACGAUUCCUCAAACCAUUGGUAACAUGUCAAGCUUGCGCAAGUUGAGUUUGUCUGAUAACCAGAUUGGAGGUGACAUUCCAAGUGAGAUUGGCAAGUUGGUCAAUUUGAAUUCGAUGAUCCUUCAGCAUAAUCUGCUAACGGGCGAAGUGCCGCAGGAGAUUUUUAACAUUUCUUCGCUACAAUUGCUUUCGUUGAUGGACAAUUCACUCUCCGGAAGCCUUCCCUCGAGUUGCGAACUAAGCCCUCCGAAUUUGGAAAUUCUUCUUCUAUCACAAAAUAGCUUUGGCGGCAACAUCCCUCAAUACAUUUCGAAUUUUACGAGCUUAACUAUUUUCAAUGCCUGGGGCAAUCAACUCAGCGGACCCAUACCCAUGAGUUUGGGCAACUUGAAGAAACUCAAAGGAUUCUUGGUUGGAUCAAAUCAGCUCACUGGAGAGCCUUAUGAUUCGGAGCUCGGUUUUCUAUCGGCUUUAUCAAAUUGCCAAUCGCUGCAAUCCUUGGAUCUGGGAGAAAACCCACUUCGCGGCUCAAUACCAAAAUCUAUCAAAAACUUCUCCAAUUCCUUGCAAAUUCUAGUCGCUCAAGCAGCUCAAAUAAGAGGUCGCAUUCCCGAGGAAAUGGGUUUCUUGAAGAGAUUGACUCUUCUAGCGUUGAGCAGUAACAAUCUAGUCGGCAACAUCCCAUUGUCGAUCGGAGGAUUAGAAAGCUUGCAAAGGCUAUAUCUUGAUAACAACCAUCUCGAAGGACCGCUCCCCGAUGAGAUAUGCUACUUGACAAGUUUAGCAGAGUUGGUGAUUUGGCAAAAUAGGAUCUUGGGAUCUAUCCCGAAUUGCAUUGGAAACCUCAGCAAUCUUCAAAAAUUUCUCAUAAGUUCGAAUAACAUGACAUCGGUUAUACCGGUUAGUUUGUGGAGCCUUCAACAACUUAUCUUUCUCAAUGCAUCACUCAAUUCUUUCAAUGGAGGACUACCACUUGAAAUAGGAAAAAUGAGAGCUAUGAAUAGCAUUGAUUUUUCUUGGAACCGACUUACUGGCACCAUACCAAGUUCCAUCGAGGAGUUGGAGAGCCUUGCUUGUCUCAACUUGUCAAGGAACUCAUUUCAAGGAUCGAUACCGCAAUCAAUUGGCAACCUCAAAGGGUUAGACUUCCUUGAUCUCUCCUACAAUGAGUUAUCAGGCACAAUACCAAAGUCCAUGGAAGGACUCCCAUAUCUGCAAAAUUUGAACUUGUCAUUUAAUAAGCUAUCAGGAGAGAUUCCUAAUGGCGGGCUCUUUGGAAAUUUCUCGGCUCUCUCGUUCAUUGGAAAUGAAGCACUUUGUGGAAAUGCGAUUUUUCAAGUCCCACAUUGCAAAGUAAAUGGAAAGAAAUCAUCACGGGACAAGCAGCUCCAUUUACUAUACAUUAUGGUGCCAAUUGUGCCGGCUGUACUUUUAGUCCUUGUCAUUUGCUUGCUUAGAAAGCGUGGGAACACCGGUAAAAAAGCUCCAGUUUCGGUGGAGAACCCGCUUAGAAUUGACCACCCGAUAAUAUCAUAUCGAGAGCUUUGCUCUGCUACUAACAACUUUAGUGAAAGCAAUUUGCUUGGAACAGGAAACUUUAGCUCUGUAUACAAAGGGACUCUAGCCAACGGGAUAGAAGUUGCAGUCAAAGUACUAAAUCUCCAUAUUGAAGGCACCUUGAAAAGUUUCGAUGCAGAAUGUGAGGUUUUCCGCAAGAUUCGGCAUCGGAAUCUAGUCAAGGUUAUCAGCACCUGCACGAACGCCGAUAUGAGAGCUUUGGUGCUGCAAUACCUACCCAAUGGGAGCUUGGAGAAGUGGCUGUACUCCAACAACUACAACUUGGCCUAG